AUGCGCAUCUCCUUGCCUUGGGACGUCGAUGUCGAUGGUCUACAGUCACAAGUCUAUCCAUUUGCAGUGGGACGUCGUCGUCUCAGCGAGGCUGAUGGCUGCUGCUCCGGCAGCAUCCUGGAGAUCCCCAGUGAGAUGCUACAGGAAAUCCUGAUGAAGCUGCCGACCAAGGACGUGGCCCGGUCCUGCUGCGUCUCCCGGCAGUGGCGCAGCGUCGUCAGGGACCCCUCCUUCCGCAAGCUCCACGCAGCGAGCCAUGCCGCACUCUCGGCAGAGGCCGAGUUCUUGCUCCUGUCCGGUCUUAUCCUCGGACAACCCAUGUGCUCCAUCGCCAAGCCCCACAGCGGCGGCCUCGUCAACAUCUGCAACGGCCUCCUCUGCUUCGUGCUAGAGGACCGCAAGGGUCAGGCGCCGGCGGUGGUGUGCAACCCCGUCACCGGCGAGACGCUGGCACUUCCGGCGGCCCCUCCGCUCAGCAACAAGAACCAUGUGUAUUUGUUUGUCUUUGGGUUCAGUCCGCCCACCAACGAGUACAAGCUGUUCCGCUUCUCUUUCCCGCCAUACUCGUACUCCUCCAAAGAGCGGGUGGACGUGGACGUCUACACCUUGGGUAACGCCCGCGGGUGGCGCAAAGACUCGUUCCUCUCACCCUCUCGCCCACCAAACAGAAGAAAUAGCAUUUCGGCGCCAGUAAUGAUCGAUGGUAAACUUCACGUGGUCACGAAAGGCUGGAAUGCACCCAUGGGAGAGGAGGCUGCCGGAGUGCUGGUAAUGGACGUGCAUGCCGAGACGUGCCGCAUUUACCCUCUCCCGAACGAUCUCGUGACCUAUCGAUAUGACAAUCCGCUGGCCUUUGAGCUGAAGGGGCGUCUGUGCCUCGCCGCACACAUGUUCAGCGGUGGUCGCCCCAAGGCCAUCCGCUUCUGGGUCAUGAGCAUGGAGAACAAGGAAUCGGACAGCGAGAAGGAGCUGCACUGGGAUUUGCGCUACAACUUCUUCGUGGAAGUGGAACAUCCCUUCAACACCCAAAGGCCGCGGAGCAGGGUACCGUGGAGUGCAUGGUUUCAAUAUGAGACACUCUACUACACGCGCAACGACACCUUGCACAGGUAUGACACGAGGUCGUCCAUUCCUGACCACGGUCCAUUGCUACAAUGGAACAAACAGCUCCAGACGGCUACAAUAUCAUACAAAUGGCGAUGGAUGGUCCACCGGGGUUACCGUCCCACUCUGCUCUCGCCACGCGUCUUUGAAUUGCCGCCGUCCCAAGACGAGACGAUGAUGGACAUAUGCUCCUAA